GGAAUUCCAGCGCGCGCUUUGUGCCAUGCGUUACUUCCUGAUGUGCGCUAGAGUGGGAUUUGCAUUUCAGACUGUAUUUGUUUUUCGUCAAGCUGAUGUAUGAUGAGCAGUCAGUGCUCUCAUGCGACAUACUUCAGAGGAGGAUGUUUUUGGCCUGUCAGUCAAGUUCCACGGUGGACUCAGGGAUAGAGCACCCACCUCCCAUACCUCCGAAACCCACAAAGGACAUACCCCCCCUUCCACCAAAGCACACAUCCCGUCUAGUUCGAACAGUAAGAAGCAGAUGCUCUAAGUGUGAUUCCGCGAUUAACGUACAAAGUUUCCACAGCGCCUCUCGCCGCAGUGAUGUCGCAGAAAAUUGUGCCGUGUGCAAACAUAAUCUUGAGAGUAGUCGCUCCUGUGUUCUUCUAGUUAGUAAAAAUAUUCCUGAUCCAAAGAUUACGCAAUCAGUCACAUGCAAGCGAUUUACAAAAAGGCACCCUUGCCAAAUGACUUCAAAACGUCGAACACCCGAUUUUUGUGAACCGGUAAGAGAUUCUAACUCAACUUCCGAUCUUCCCACUUCAAGCUGCACUUGCGCUUCAAAUGCAUGGGGUCCUAGUUCCUUAGGGACUAAGAUAGACUCGGACUACGUUUCUCAUACAAGGUGCUUCUCCCCGGAUUACCGAGGAUUAAAUCUAAUUCCAGAUCAUUUUGUAAACCGGAGGAUCCCUCGCUAUCGAGAUCUGGGGAAUGUAAACAAAACUGGAUGCGGAAGCUUGCAAUGGAUAUCUGAUACGUUUCAGCGCAUAUUUCUUACUCCUAAGAGUUCCAAACCUACGCGAGCACAUUUUCAUCAUCCACCAAAUGAUAUGAUGUCAGUUUCAAAAUGUGCAUCUAGUUCUACGGAGGAAAAAUUAAGUGGGCGUGUAAAAGCGUUAAUUCAAAGAAAAGAGCGUGAAUGGAAAAAAGAUCCUUACAAUCAAAAGGCAAUACGCAGUCUUUCUUUGCGUCACAAACGUUCGUUUAGCUACAACAGUCCAUGUGUUGAAGGCAAUAAGACAACUUCAAGUAAUCCAAAUGGUUAUGAGUCUAGUUCAACUUUAAACUCGCCGGUCAACCAUCAUUCCCUCCCACCUAGAUCGACGAAUAGUCGCAACUCCAUUACGAGAUGUAAUGCUGUAAUUAGUCCAGAUGCAACUAAGAGACACUUUGAACGCCUUGAUAGUAUGUGCCCAUCCAAUGGUCGGGCGAAACCGAUCAAUGUAUCCAAAGCCCUAGGAGGUAGUCAAACCAGAUAUGAAACCCCAAAGCCUUCGAAUGUGUGUAUAAGUCACAAAAGACCAGAGUCAGCUCUCGCUAUGAUGUGCGCAUGUCCACCUUAUGUUCCCAGUCAAGUAAACUCCCGCGAUUCUACCAGAGAAUGUCUUCCAUAUAUGGGCAGCCAUUCAACCACAAAAGUUCCUGUUUGCAGCUGUUUAAUCCAUAAAACACGUAGAUGUUAUUUAAGUAGUCCAAAUUGCACAAGUACGUCAAAACCUACUAAUAAUGAGCGAGAACAGAGUACUGCAGAAGUCACUAUCUCUAAAUUAACUAAGAGGGUGCAUCAGCUAGCUGCUGACAACGUACUGCUAGCUACGGAACGAACAGGUGAUCUCAACCGUGAUACAGCUAAUCCAGUUGCUUCUCGAGUUUCUUGUGAAAUUCCUAUCGAUCCUAACAACAAUGUCCUCACAUGCACAGAAGAUAUGGAUUUCGGAGCGCGCGCAACUACAAUAAUCGAUAAGAAUGGUCAAAUUCAUCAUGUCCAUCACAUACACCAUUUUCACCAUGUUCAUCACCAUCACCAUCAUCAUGAUUGCACCGAUGGCAUCGCUAACACUGUUGCAUCAUGUCCUCUCAGUCCAGUUACAAGUCCAGUCGUAUGCGAUCGACAGCGUCCACCAACAACUAUCGCUUCUGCUGUAGAUACUUGCAUCCUUGAAGAAACAGUCAGUUCGCCGAUUUCCUGCCAGAAUUUGACGAAUCAACCAACAGUAGGUGCAGAGCAAGUCACUCCCGCAAGCAGUUGUCACACAUAUAAUGCCUACGAUGUUCGAGCGUCUGACAGCACAAAUAUAUCAGUGUCUGCCAAUUCCGCCUCACGAACUUCCCACACCGUUUCCAGCCAGAGACUUUCGUCUGCAUUGCAGGAUAGUAGAUCGUCAUUUCAUCGAAGUAUGUUAGAACUUAGAAAGAUGGGGUGGUAUUGGGGACCACUGAGUUUUCAAGAAGCUCAGUUUCUGUUAGCCAAACGACCAGAUGGUAGUUUUCUGGUCCGUGAUAGCGGUCAUGAUACUCAUAUUUUAAGCUUAAGUUUCCGAGUACGUGGCGAAACGUAUCAUACAAGAAUUGAACAUAAUCAAGGUCGAUUUAGUUUCUGGUCCCAACCUCAGUCACAUAGUGCAAACACAAUGGUGGAAUUUAUUGAAAAGGCUGUCGCUCAUUCAGUCAACGGUCAAUUCCAUUAUUUUCUUCAAAGUAGCGCCCAUGGUCAACCCCCAGUUGAAGUACCAUUAUUAUAUCCACUCUCCCGCUUUCAAGUUGUUGCAUCCCUCCGACACCUGACAAGAUUCACUAUUCUAUCUUACAUUCGUCGUGAUCAUAUUGACCAAUUACCGUUACCUAGAACCACAAUCAAUUAUUUAAUGGAAAAACAGUGUUAUAUUGAGUCUUUGGAAGACUUUGAAGAGGCUGUACGCGAUCGUCCACCAUUGGAGUUUCGUUCACGAUCAGCUAUUGAUGUUAAUUCUCAUCUGACCAUCCGAGAUUCGACUAACUUGUCCCGGCACAGUAAUAACAGUAGUUCAGCUAGUGAAAGAAGUGGAGAUAGUCACAUCACAGUGAGACAAGUCAAUUGAUGAAAUUAUUCUACCUUCUUACCUGAAAAUUGAAAGUUUUUAUUUUCUAGCUUUCUUAUCCUGUCUAAAACUGGAUAUGUAACUAUUGUUUGUACUAUUCUUACUAUCACUGCUAUUAUUACUAGUACAGCUACACUACUAUGAAUACCACUGAGUUCUUUUCUUGACUUUUCUGAAUCCUUAGGAUAGUAUUGUUGUACCAUGUUGAUUCAUAUCUUAGGAAUGCAUAACCAGUAACGAAGGGGAAAACCGUUUGUUUUUCUUCCCCAUUAACCUAUUACUAUUACACUUCUGUUUUCCAGUCGAACCCUUUUUAAUAAUGCAUUUUUCGUGCUCUUGGUUUUGCUAUUUUUUCAACUUAUUUUAAAUUAAUAAAUAGAGAUAUCUUCUUUAUCCUAUCCUAUAUAUUCAUAUUUACAAGUAUCCUGAGUGAGUAGACUCAUUUUCUUAUCAUUUUCACUGUAGAAAUUACAUUACACAUCAUGUCACGUCGUACACAUUAUUUUCCUACUCCUGUAAUCCAUCUGAAUACUUAUUAUUGGUGCAUUAUUUCGUUUUCUCGCCUCUUCUUUAAUCCACUGAUCUAUCUUGACUAAUUCAACCAUAUCUUCUCUUUCGUCAGUCCAACUAGGUUCCGGUUGUUGUUUCUGCUAUUGUUAUCUUUUUGAGACGUCAGCUGUAAUAAGUAAUUUUCAAGUUGGACAUAGUCCACUUGUCCUUUCGAGCUGACGUCAAGAUAGCUAUCAACAUCAUUAUCAUAAAUGUUUACCACUGUAGAAAAAAGAGGAAGGAGAUGAAUUUUUCUCAUGUUUUAUUUUUUAGAAAACUAAAUUCUCUAAUGCUUAAUUUCUUUCGCUGGACAAAAAUUCCAUCCACAGAUUACCAUUAUUAUUAAUAUUAUUGUUAAUAUUUAUUUCAAUCUCCUUCCUGUUUCUUCAUCGUCUAACUAAUCAAUUAUAUCAAAAGUUUAUGGUUAUAAUCAUUGUGGAAGUAGAAGUAACUUGAAGUGAAGAUAAAUUCUUCUGAAUAAUCAACUUUACUGUGAUUCUGUUCACUUUAUUUGUAAAUUACUUACUUAUGGCAUUGUCAGCAUUAAGUGCUCUUUUCCUCGUCAUCAUCUUCAGUUGUUUUGUGUACUGUUUUUGACGAAAAAAAUUUGCAGUCCACUUUUUUUUUAUCAUUUUGUGUUGUUUUUUUUAAUUAUUAUAUGUGUUCAUAUUUUUGUUGUAAUGGACGACGCAAGCACAUGUAAUGCAAGGGAUUGUGUGAUAGUAUGUAAGGUUUUCUGAUAAUGAUGAAUAGCUGUCUCUUGUUUAAUUAUUUUAAUGUUCUCUUUUUCUUUCAUACCUUGUCCCAUCGUUUUUUUUUCUUCUAAAAACAAAUUAACUAAUAAUAUGUAAUUUGAAUUCUUCUACUCUUUUUUGAUGAUGGUGAUAUUUGGACACAUUUUUAUGACUUCAUUGCCUUAUAGAAAAAAAUGAACAUUUCACUUUGCCUAGUUAGAUUUAGUAUUCUGUUUUAGGUCAUUGCUAAACCAACUGUUCGGUAGUUAGGCCUUAAUUAAGAAGUGUAACAAUAGUGUGGAAAUUGUUUAACAGUCAGCUGUUUUUAUGUUUCGUGUGUGUGUGUGUGUGUAUGUAGCGAGUGCCUAUGUACCGUCUCAUUCACGUUUGUUUAUAAUAGUAAUUAACUGUCGCUUUCAAUAGUUCGUUCAUUAUUAGUUAAACUACACGAAAACAAGAACCAAUCAAAAAAUUUUAAAUGGACAGAAUGAACAUUUCUCUUUUUUCUAUGCUUUGUUCUUUUAUUUUUCGUGUGCGCUAAUGUGUGUGUAUUUAUCUCGUCGUCUGUUACUUUGUUAUAAAUUGUAAAUUUUACCGUCAGAUGCUUGCACACACCCAUAACUACGUUGUAAUUGAGUAAUAUAUUUGUGCUUCUAUUGUUGUUAUUUUUGCCUUAUUGUUCUACACAUGAUAGAUAAAUCUUCUGUCUAAAUUAUAAUGUAAUGAUUUUUUUUCUUUCUCGUGUAUGUGACUCGCAACUCUGUGUUACGCUAAUUUAUUUUCAUUUUUAUUAUCAGCGCCACCCUUUUUUAAUAUGAAAGAUGCGUGUGUAAUGCAGUCAAAACAGAACAUGCCUUUUUUGAGUACUUAGUUAUCCUUAUUUCAGACAAAACACAUUCAUCCAGUCUAAUUUAUGUUAUGGUGGUAAUUCGCUCUUCAGUUUACUAUUUGCAGUCAUCAUUGUGGUAUGUACAGACAUCAUGAUGACAGUGAAACAAGAAUAACCGGGAUAACAGAAUUACUGUUUAUAAAUACCUUACCAGUUUUAUUUAUUUAUUACUAUCAUUAUUAUUAGUAUUAUUUCGAAUAACUACUCCAUUUUUUUACUAACUGCUCUGAUGUAUACACUACUAUUUCAUUCUUUCCGUGUACAUAAAACUCCCAUUAUCCCAUUGCUGCCACCUACCCUGUCCAAUUCUUUCCAAUUUUGUUUUUGGCUUUUAAUCUAUUUCAUCGUCUUUCUUUCCCUCACUAUUGUACAUGAUAAUCUCAAUAUCGAUUUUUAUACAUUGUUGAUGUGUGUUGUC